CUGGGCCACUUUGGGCCUUGACACUCUAGGCGGACUAGUGCAACAUAUGCCCCGGCCCAUUUACACCGCCCCGCGAUAAAAACUGGGUGAGGGCGACCAAGAACCCUAGGCUGUCGCGGAUCCAUCCCAUCCCAUCUCUUCCUCGUCUCCCACUCCUCCGGAUUCUUUCUGUUCUUGGUUGAUUGCCGGAGAUGUCGGAUUCGGAGGAGCAUCACUUCGAGUCCAAGGCCGACGCCGGCGCCUCCAAGACCUACCCACAGCAGGCCGGCACCAUCCGGAAGAACGGAUAUAUUGUCAUUAAGAACCGCCCCUGCAAGGUGGUUGAGGUCUCUACUUCCAAGACUGGGAAGCAUGGUCACGCCAAAUGCCACUUUGUUGGUAUUGACAUUUUCAAUGGAAAGAAGCUUGAAGAUAUUGUCCCCUCAUCCCACAACUGUGACGUUCCUCAUGUUGAUCGUACUGAUUACCAGCUGAUUGACAUUUCGGAAGAUGGAUUUGUGAGCCUUUUGACUGAGAGCGGCAACACUAAGGAUGACUUGAGGCUUCCCACUGAUGAUACUCUGACUAACCAGAUCAAGAACGGGUUUGGUGAAGAAGGCAAGGAUAUGAUCUUGACUGUGAUGUCCGCCAUGGGUGAAGAACAGAUCUGUGCCGUCAAGGAGAUUGGGGCCAAAAACUAAGCGGCUUUGCUCGAUUGCCUGCCUGCCUACGAUACUUUGCUAUCUUAGUGUUGAGAGCUGAGACACAUAAAUAGAAGUUUUUUUUAUGCUACCUGUGGAUGAAAUGACGAUCAAAACCUUCAUCGAUUUUAUGUUACACUGGAUGGUCAUGAGAUACUUGUUAAUGCUUUUCAUUAUCAGUUUCAAGUAUCCUUUGAAUCGAGUGGCAGCUGUAAUUCGUAUAGUAAAAGUGGGAAAUCCAUUCUGCUA